AUGGAAAACGAGCAGAGCAUUUCACCUUCCUUCAAAGAUAAACUCAAGCAAUCUCUAUGCCUCUCCUGCUGUUACCGCAACAACCGCCGUGAAUCCCUAUGCUCCGAAGACCGGCCGAGAUUGUUGCGGGCGUCGUCGACGUGGUUCAGGUCGCGAGCUCACGAGCUGCCGGAGAUCAAGGACAAGUGCCGCCACCUCAUCAGCCGGAUCGGCCGCAACCACCGGAGGCACCAUUCCUCGGGGGAGUUCAACUACGACCCCCUCAGUUACGCCUUGAAUUUCGACGACGCUCACCUCGACGAAGCUCCCCUUCGCAAUCUCUCCUCUAGGUUUCCGGCGUCGCCGCCGCUGAAAACGGUGGCGGAGGAUCUCGUGAAUCCGGCGGUUCCGAGGCCGAGGGAAAUCACGUGUGUGUAG